AUGAGAUGGGAUUAUAAUGAGACACUGUCGUCGGAUGGGGACGAGCCGGAAACUGCCAAGCUACGCACCAUACUCGAAUUCAACCUUGGUUCGCUACCCAUCACUGCCGACAUGAUCCGCGAAGACUUGCCGUGGUUCAACGAUCACAAGGAUCUCUAUUCGUCCGCGAUUACCGUUCGGUUCAGGGCCCUUUCCCAGGCGUGGAAACGCAAGCAGGCAAUCGCUUGGCAGAAAGAAGGAAAGCGAGCCGAGUUAAUGCAGGAGAUUGAGGAGUUACAGAGCCGCAACUCACAGGCUCCUCCGGAGAUGCAAAACACGCUCGAGCAGAAGAGAGCGUUCUUGGCGAAUAUGGAAAAGGGAUUGAAGCCGGAGAGGCAGGCCAAGGGGGGAGUGCGAUCGAAGCUUACAGUGAUGGCAAAUUUCAUGACGACUAAACGACCGACCUUGCCGGAUUAUAGCGGAAGCGACUGGGCUUGUAUGGAUACCGUUUAUUCCUUGAUCCCGCCGGUCAUGAGUAAUCCGGAAGCUGUGGGGAGAAAGAAGUGGCAUUGGCCCAGGAAAGAUUCGGUUUAUUCGCCUCAAUUUCUCCAAGCCUUCUACGACAUCUACGACAGCCCGAACACCACUGGAUCGAAAAUCACAGGUACCACCAUCAGCCCAUUGUCCGACGCAGAGGGAGGAUGGACUCCUCCUGAUGCCAAACCGUACUUGCCUUCUGACCACGAAUUCCUCUGGCAAGGUGCGCAACGAUGGAUGUUCACCCCAACCUGGCUCGAGGAACACCCGGAUGCGCCCAUCGUUCCGUGCAAUCGACCGACGGAUCCCGAGGUUGUCCGCAACUCUGUCUGGUACAAGACCCACUCAUGGGCGAUCAGCAAACCAGGCGGAAAGAAAGGUGCUACCAAGAGAGGCCGCUCACAAUCUACGGCCGCAUCCGGUUCGACGAAGCGUGAUCGGUCCUACAGCGCUGCUCCAGCUAAUGACGGCGCGACGCACGACGGCGAGCAGGAUGGAUAUGGGCAUGUCGGCAAAAAGCGCAGAGUGAUGGAAAACACCGGAUUCAGUUUAUCACAGGUCGAUGAAGAAGACGAGGGACAAGGAGAAGAGGAAGAAGAGCACGCUUACUCUGAACACGAGAUCGAGUUUCCUCGCAGCGCCGCCCCUCAACAGUUCAUCCGGGAUGAGAUUCCCGGAUUGACUGUCACUGCGCGGGCUAGCGGGUCUCGACAGGCUGGACAGACCUACUCGGGUUAUCAGCCCAAGAGCGUUCCUCAAGCCGAAAGAUCGCGUCAGCCUGGAGAUCGCUUCCCUGUACCCCAACCCGAGACCGCCGGAGAUUUCGAGACUAUACCCGGAUCGCAGUCCCAAGGGCAGGGCCUUUUCCUGGGAGGUCUGCCGACUGACCAACAACAAGACGAAACGAUUGAUUACGACGCCGCCGGCAUCGACUUUGACGCCAUCAUGGCUAGCCUCGGCCCAAUCAAUGCCGACCUCGGAGCUACUCACGACAAUCCCUCAGGCAUGGCAAACGAUGGGGAUGAAACCAUUCCUGGAAUUCUCAACCCUGACACGAUCGCGUUGUUCUAG